GCUUCAUCGGCCCUUACAACAUUGCGAUUCAACACAUGCCAGACAACUCGAUGCCCUCCGACGAGCGUUGACCCACCUUCUGCUCCAAUGCACCCGGCCGUCUCCAUACUUGCCGAUAAUGUCGUCAAAUACCACCACCUGCUUGCCCCGCUGCUCUACACCGUCCUCGCGGCCGUCGCAAACGUCCACACGCCGGUCCAGCAUUCGCUUCUCAUAACGACGAUAUCAUGGCUCAUAGUAUGGGUACCGACGGUGUUCUGGGUGGGGAUAUAUUCAAACAGCGAUAGAGCCAAGCGGAAGACGAGCUGGCUUGCUGGCGCUCUGCUAGGCCUGUCUGCAAUAUGCGACCGCGCGGCAUGCGACAAGCAGGGCAUUUGGGCGACAAAGGCCCUUGUACCUCUCUUUACCGUCCUCUUCUCCGAGAAUGAACUGCUCGCAAAGCAUCUCGUCCUACCCACAUUCACCAUCCUCGAUGGCCCUGCAGCCGAGACCAAGACCUCUCCGGACCGACAGCUUCAUAACGAAUCACAUGGAAUACUGGCAGUUCUGACGGUAUCUGCGAGCGUUGUUCUUGGCGUCUACACGGUUCCCACGACUGUCUCGCUCGGUCUCAGUAGUGCCAUCUUUGCUGCCACAGGCCUCGUCCUGUUCGAGUCCACAAUAAGAGCCGCCACAGAGGAGAGCGAUGGUAGCCGGCGUGGGCCUAUGUCUGCGAAUGGAAAUAUCCUGAGGCGCGCCUCAAUAAGCGGCAGUUUGAGGGCGCAGCGACUCGCUGCGCUUAGAGACCUCGCCGUGGCCAUUGCUGUCGUGUGCGGCAUCGCAUCUAUCCUUACCGAAUCUUCAUUGACCGCAAGUACAAUCUCUUGGGAGCCUGUAUACAGAGAGUAUGACCGAGAAUGGAGGGAUGUGCAUAAUCUCCGCAUCCUCAUGCGAUUCCUCUGGAUGUUGCCCGUUCAAUCCAUUGUAAAUGUUCUUGUCUUUGUUCUGAUCUCCCAAUACGGCGCUGUACAUACAUCUCUGUUGGCCGUGUUUUCACAUCUUGCUGCGAAACUACACUUUGCACCGACUUUUUCCACCAUUUUGUUUACGUCCAUCUACGGUGUGGCAGCACUGGUAUACUUCUUCGAGUCGCCUGAUUCCCCCCUGAUGAUGGAUACACGACGCUCUAUGCGAUUACGACGCUUCAUCUUCGUAGUCCUGGCGUUUGCAGUUGGAUCUUUACUUCUUGGACGUUUGAAUGGACCACAAACUUAUCGACCUGUCGCUGAUGGUGUAGUCACUAACAUUCCGUUUUACCCACCUGAGAAACCACUUGGUCCAAUGCCGAUAGAUGCAAGCAAAGGUCAUCCGGCUGCGCAAUUGAUCGACGCUGCAGAGGCAGAUUUCCAAAGCACCCUCAACCGGCAAUCAAAGUCCCUUACCGAUGCAGUUCGCGAAUACCGCCGCAGAAAUGGAAUACCGCCUCCUCCUCACUUUGAUAAGUGGUACGAAUUCGCGACACGGAAUGGAGUCGUCAUGAUAGAUGAGUACGACACCAUCAAUGAGAUGCUGCUACCGUUCUGGGCACUCAAGCCGUCCACCAUCCGCUCGCGCAUCGCGAACGCAUUAGGCCACGAGGAUAGCUCACUGCUUGCGAUUGCGGUACGUCAUGGGGCUAUAGAGAACUUUCAAGGUGGCGACGAAUGGCAACAACAAGCUACGAUUGGCAUGAUGAAACAAUUUGUGCAAUAUCUGCCUGAUAUGGAUCUAGGAUUCAACUUACAUGACGAACCGCGAGUUAUCGUACCCAACAAUCUCAUGUCAUCGAUGGUGGCAAAGGUGAGAGAUGAGAUCCUACCUCGCACUGCGAAGAACACUACCCCACGCAAUGCCUUUUCAACUCGUCCCGAAGACCUCAGUGACGGCACACGAUUUGCCGAAGUUAGUACGACCAAGUUCAAUCGCUUUGCGCAUCAGCAGACAUGGACCCAUUCGCGGUUAUCAUGUUCUCCUGGAAGUCAGGCCCAGACUUUCGAAGACUACGCCGCCGACAAUCUCACGGCGUAUGCUACCAGCGACCUUGGCUUUAUCUACAACGCGACUGCCUUUUCUGAUAUCUGUAACUCCCCUUCAUUCUCCUCAACAUACGGAUUCUUCGAACGACCCAAUGCCUUCAGCAUCAUCCACGAACUCACACCCAUUUUCUCGCAAUCGAAGAUCUCCAGCUUCCAAGACAUCCUGUAUCCAAGUCCUUGGUACUGGAUAGGCAAAGUAGGCUACGAUGAGACCCACGACACGACAUGGGAGAACAAGACAAACAGUCUUUACUGGCGCGGCUCCACAACAGGAGGCUUCAGCCGCAACGGCGGCUGGCGACGUCAACAUCGCCAACACGUAGUCCAACGCCUCAACGCUCCAGACACCGCCAAAAUUCUCGAACCUGUCUCCACGUCAUCCGCUGCGAACAGCCCCUCCACCUCCUACGCAGUGACGGAAAUCGACCGCCGCGCCCUCAAAAACCUCAUCGACGUCCACUUCUCCCACAUUGGCCAAUGCGACCCAGGUGACUGCGAUGCACAACAAGAAUUCUUCGACGUGACCGAACGCGUCGACGGACAGGAUGCAUGGUACUACAAGCAUCUCCUCGACAUGGACGGCAAUGCCUUUUCGGGUCGGUUCUACAGCUUUCUUAAAAGCCGGUCUUUAACCUACAAAAUGGCGUUGUUCCGUGAAUGGCAUGCAGAGUGGCUACGGCCUUGGGUUCAUUACAUCCCUCUAUCUCUCCGCGGCGACGAACAUCUCGAUCUUGUGAGAUGGUUUUCGGGAGCGAAAGUGAUUGAUGACGAUGGUGAUGGGAAGGCGGAGAGAAGUGAUGCUGAUGGAGGGAAGAAGGGCGGCAAUGGCGAUAGUGAGGGGGAGAGGAAGGCGAGGGUUAUUGCGAAAAGGAGUUCUGAGUGGCAUGACAGAGUGUUGAGAAAUGUAGACUUUGAGGUUUGGUUUUUCAGAUUGUUGUUAGAGUAUGGGCGGGUAGUGGAUGAUAGGAGGGAGGAAAUUGGGUUCCCGGGGCCGUAGUCAAGUAAGAGGAAGUAGAAAAGGAUGGCAUAUAUGGCUGUGGUGCUUCUGCUUGUAGAUAGACGGUUGUGCAAAAGGCGGGGUUUCUUCUUUCUAUACUUGCUGGUGAUCAUGUAUGCGAAGAUUGGUGUGUGCGCCUGAUAGGCGAGAGGUGUGGUAUACCAUCAGUGAGUAGCUUUGGUUUGCCUCGCUGCUCGUGAGGCGUGCAUGUUGAAGGCGACGUUGAAUUCGUGUAAAUGGAAAGUAGUGACAGCGUUGCUAAAUGAAAACCUGACCCU